AUGGAUGAAGGGAGUACAAAUCGGUCCUGUGAGGAAAGCCGAAUGGACAGCCCUAACGAGGCAGCUCUUUUGGCUUUGAUGGAGAAAACAGGCUACAGUAUGGUUCAGGAAAAUGGACAGAGAAAAUUUGGUGGUCCGCCUCCAGGUUGGGAGGGACCCCCUCCACCACGAGGCUGUGAGGUGUUCGUGGGAAAAAUCCCACGGGACAUGUACGAGGAUGAGCUCGUGCCAGUGUUUGAGCGCGCUGGCCGCAUUUACGAGUUUCGCCUGAUGAUGGAGUUCAGCGGUGAGAACCGGGGCUAUGCCUUUGUCAUGUACACCACCAGAGAGGCAGCCCAGCGGGCUAUCCAUCUCCUCGACAACCAUGAGAUCCGACCGGGGAAGUUCAUCGGAGUGUGUGUGAGCCUGGACAACUGCCGCCUGUUCAUUGGAUCUAUACCCAAAGACAAGAGGAAAGAGGAGAUUCAAGAAGAAAUGAUGAAGGUGACAGAGGGAGUGGUGGAUGUCAUUGUCUAUCCCAGUGCUACAGACAAGAGUAAGAACCGUGGCUUUGCUUUCGUGGAGUAUGAGUCGCACAAAGCUGCUGCCAUGGCCCGGAGAAAGCUCAUUCCAGGGACCUUCCAACUGUGGGGUCACACCAUCCAGGUAGACUGGGCGGAGCCAGAAAAGGAUGUGGACGAGGAGACGAUGCAGCGUGUUCGUGUACUUUAUGUGCGAAACCUCAUGCUUCACACCAGUGAGGAGACCCUUCGUGCUGAGUUUUCUCGCCUCAAGCCUGGUUCGGUGGAGCGCGUGAAGAAGCUGACCGAUUACGCUUUCGUUCACUUCCACAACCGCGAGGACGCGCUGGCCGCCUUGCACACUAUGAACGGCAAGCUCAUCGACGGCUCGCCCAUCGAAGUCACCCUUGCCAAGCCCGUCAGCAAAGACGGGGGCCGUAGGUGUGGUCCACGGGGGGGCCAGAAUGGACUGACGGCGGGCACCUGCGGCGAUACCGGCUUUCUCUUCCCGAACAAGGACGACCCCGGUCUGGGAAUGGGCCUCCCAGGAACGGGUGAAGGAUUGCCCCUCGCCAGACGUCCUCUGGGCUUCUCUCCUCGUUUGAACAGCCCUUACGCUGUGGAUGUGGAGAGGUUCGUUUACCCGUUCAUCCCCGGCUCCAAUCUGGUACCGGUCAGCCUCCAAACCCUUAGGCCCAGUCAGCUGAGCUCUGCUGUGUCCCUGCUGGAAUAUUACUGCCACAAGAACAGCUGGUCACUGCCUGAGUAUUACCUGUACUCCACCGUUGGUCAUGAGGGAAAGACUCUGCUCAUCUACAAGGUUGUCAUCAGCAGCACCAGAAGCAGCUUCAUGCCUGAUAAAGUCUGCACCAUGCUGGAGGAUGCAAAGGAGCUUGCAGCCCAAAAUGCCCUCUGGAAUCUGGAUUGUUCGUACCAUGCACCUGCUUCUCCUGGAAAUUUGUCACCUCCUGCUGCAUCAGGGACAGGUCUGCUGUCAUACAGCUGUCGACCACUCCCAUACCCAGGGUACCCUCUGUCCACCCUCUCCCCAACUCUACCCAUCUCCAGCACCAACGGCCAGAGGCUCUUCAUCUCCGGCCAGUCACCUUUCUUCUGA